AUGACCAAGUCAACCGACAGAUACCAACCCCCAGACAUUAAUAUGGACGCUUGGCGAGAUAAAAUCGAAGAAGCGCACGCGCAGACUUCGGAGGGAACAGCCACCAUACUACGGGGAGAUGAACAUACACUGAGACGGGCGGAAGCUAUGGUCAGAGCGCACUACUAUGCUUGUCUAAUCUACUUCCAUCAAGCGCUCGCUCCAGCAUGGGAAGCGAGGCCAGCUAUCGAUGCGUACAUCGGGCCCCUUUUUGACGAAAUCCAAUUCCUCACGGCUGGGCCAACGCGCACCUUCUCUCAGAAUAUUUUCUUUCCGCUGUUCAUUGCCGGCACGGAGUACGCGCGAGACGAAAGCGGACAGGCCGUGAUCCAGACGCUCUUCAUGGACUUGAUAUCCUCGACCGGAGUCUGGUGCAAUCAUACGGUGCUGCAGUUCCUUCGUACGUUCUGGACGAGGUCGGACUGCCAGGAGACGUGGAUCCAGUACGCUCGCGAGAAUGAGCGGAAUCUUUCUCUGUGUCUUUUAUUCUGA